AAACACAACUAGGCUGGUGGUGCCUCUUGGCGGGAGAGAGAAACAAAACAACAACAAACAUGUGGAUCAACUCAUAGUAUUUUUUCCCAAAAUUUAGUUUUUUUUACGAUGCCUCCGGUGCGGGUAAAGUAUGUUGCUUCCUUUUCUUCUCAGGAUCCCAGGCACACAGUGGAAAACCUGGUGAAGGGUCGUGGCUCAUGGCUCAGUCACCCUACAGAGAAGAUGAGUCGAUUGCAGGCAGACUUACAACUUGAAUGGGCCACCACAAUUACUUAUAUUGAUAUCGGUAAUGCUGGGAGUGUCAUGGUGAGCGUGGAGGUGGGGCGGUCAUCAUGGCCAACAAGUCAACCUUUGGUGACAUUACUGCCUGCGGUAUCUCUCAUGACAGCAGAAGAGUGGCGUGCAGGAAGAAAUAUAUCGACGGUGCGCAUGUUUAAGCCAGUUGAUUUGAGUAGUGAAGCCCUGAAGGAGAAGUGGGAUAAAGUAAGGGUUGUGUGCUUACAACCUUUCCGCAAAGAUACUACACAGUUUGGUCUCUCCCUUUUCCGCCUUCACACUAAUGUUGAGGUUUCAUCUGAAGCAGCCCUUGAUAAAAGAAUAAUAGAUCUGGACAGUAACACACCACAGACUGCUUUGAAGAAAGAUGAAUUGGUAUCUAGAAUGAAUCUCUCUGAAGUGAAGAAAAAAACGAUUUCUCAAAAAAUUGGUUGGUUGGAAAAUAAGGUGUUGAAUAAUAGUGAGGAGGGAAAUGCUGGGCCGCCUCUCAACCCUCUGAUGUCGCCUGUGUCCCGAGCUGGUCGCUUGAUAUCUAUGGCUUCAAAACCACAAACUAAGAUGGGGGCAGAUAUUCACAAGUCAGAAUUGGAAUGUGAAGCUCUUGAGUUCCUCAUCUCUCUGAACCUGUCUUUGGAGGAUAUAUAUUCUCUCAAAGUUUUAGGUAAGAUGAUGAAACCCAACCCAGAAGGCAAUGCAAAAAAUAAAUCUAAUAGCUUCUCUUCCAAGGAAGAUGGGCACCAAACAAUUACAUGGAUUUCACGUUCAACAAAUUAUAACGAUAAUACACCUGGUUAUUGCCUUGGUUCUAAGCCGCUUGAUAAAUAUGGUACAUCUAAAGGCAGGAAAGGCUCUAUGAAAGAUGGUUUGGAGAAUGGUGGUGGUUCUUCUCCCCUGAACACUGACUGUAACAUAGCCAUGGUGGAAUGUCCUGUGUGCUCAGAUAAUGUUUAUAAGGAUAGCAGUAAGGAGGCAGAAGCUGUGUGUAGAAUUAAGCAGCAGCUGAAAACUUUUUCAAAUCAGAACAAAAGUUUGAAGAAAAAACAGUUACAGUAUAGUGUAUUUCAGAUAUUCUGUUAUUACAGAAUUUACAAUAACAUUUUCUUUUCUUUUUCUCAGAAACAUACAAAGGAUGUGGAGGAGUGUCCAGUGUGUGGAGCUCUCAUCAGCAAAUCUGAGCUGAAUGACCAUGCAGCAGACUGUGCUAGUGCUAUGUUUGACUGAAAUACAUAUCAUGCUUUUCAUGCAGCAAUGAUGUGGUGUCUGCACUUAAAAAAUGUGAUCAAGCUAGAAAAAGUUUAAAUGUAAGCCAAAGUCACUCUUAGAACUACAAGUGAAUUUCAGAGGAAUGAUAAAAACAAAAAAUGCUCUAUUAGCUAAUACAAGGAAAAGAGGACACAUGAUAACCACAUACAGUAUUGUUAUUUGUAUUUUUUGUUGGAUUGUUUAAGUAUGUAAAACUCGUCUCCAUAAAAGCCAAUGCAAUUAGAGUUUAGGAUAUAUGGCAUUCCAGAAUUUUAAUUAGGGGAAGUAGCUUCCAUGGGGCAUUUUUUUUUUUUAUGCAUAUGUUGAGCAGCAUAUUUUAAAGGUCUUUUCAUACUGAUAGCAAAAACACAUAUACAUAUUCUAUUUUCUGUUGGUCCGUGUUUUCUGUUGCCAUGAAGGUAAAUACCCGAGUAGUACCGGGUAUGCAGCUAAUAAAUUUUUUUACAAAGGAGUAGAACAAAAGAAUGGUUGUAAUUUUCAUGGCAGUACCGACAGACCAUGGAGAGGGACACUUACGUACUUAUGUACAGUUCAGGACAUUUAUUGCUGGAAAUGUUUUGCCACGAAUAGCUGAUGAAGCCAUUUGUGGGAUAAUGUUUCCUUUAAUAAAUUUCCUGAGCUGUACAUGAGUGUUCUUUUUCACAACAAUGGAUGGGAUACAAAAGGAAGCAGCAAAUGCUACAACCACUGGAUUUUUAAAAUAUUAUGUUAGAUUCAUUAAAUACUGAUGAUGCAUCAUCACAAACAUUGAUAUGCUCCUGUAGCUACAAAUCAGUAAUCAUAUAUGGUGUCAUCUAGGUAGCAGGUUGGUAGACAGCAAUUUCCUAGGGAGGUACUACCAUCCUGCCAAGUGAGUGUAAAAUGAAAGCCUGUACUUAAUUUACAUGAUGGUAGGAUUGCUGGUGUCUUCUUUCUGUCUCAUAAACAUGCAAGAUUUCAGGUACAUCUUGCUACUUCUACUUAAACUUAAGUCACGAUACGCAUACAUGUACAAGCGUAUAUAUACACACACCCCUCUGGGUUUUCUUUUAUUUUCUUACAAGUUCUUGUUCUUGUUUAUUUCCUCUUAUCUCCAUGGGGAAGUGGAACAAUUUUUCCUCUGUAAGCCAUAAUUGCCGUAAGAGCUGACUAAAAUCCGGGAGCAAGGGGCUAGUAACCCCUUCUCCUGUAUAUAUUACUAAAGUUAAAAAGAGGAACUUUUGUUCUUCUUUUUGGGUCACCCUGCUUUGGUGGGAUAUGGCUGGUUUGUUGAAAUAAGAAGAAAUGAUGUCAUGUCAUAUUGUACUAUUUUCUGGAAUACAGUCAGUUCUUGUGGUGAUAUCUAACUCAAUAACAUUUUAUAUGAACUGUAGAAAUAUACCUAGUUGGAUGAAUCUUAAGUUUAUUAAGGCACAGGUGCACAUAAGUACAGCUAUAAUACAUAGUGUAAAUUACCUAAGAUAACCUAAAAAAGUCAGAGUAACUUAUUUUCAUUAGCUGGCAAUAUAAUGACAUUUUUAAAUAAUCAUUAUUUACAUAUGUGACUGGUUUGGUCCAGUGGACAACACUGGCCUGUGAGUUGUAUGACUUGCUUACCAUGGGUUCAAGCCCCACCUGUUCUGGGAUUUGUAUGAACUAAUUUUACUGCUUGAUAUAUUUUCACCAGAUAAUACGGUGUAUGACUCUUUGUACUUGUAACACUUAUUGUGAAUAUAAUAAUACGUAUAUAUAUUUAGAGAUUUUUUUUUUAAUUAUAAUCAAGUAUGAAAUUAAAUUUUAAUCUGCCUAGAAAA